AUGUGAUUGCAGCUGGAGCUGGCCUGUCACACAUUGGGUCAAAAAUCAACACAGACACGGCUAGCAUUAGCUUAGCUCGGUGCUAAUUUAUCGAAAUGUUUUGGAACUUGCACCGAAAAUGACAAAUGGUUGUCACUUGAUUUAUUGCUCUGUCUUUUAAAGUUGUUAAGAAUAAAAGUCCAAACUACUAAGGGAGACGCUGACAUGGCAGAGAGGGAGGCAGGCAUGGAGGAGGACGCAGGAAAUCUGCCGGCCAGACAUGGCAAUGACAGAGAGGAAGACCGCAGGAGGCUUUUCGGGAUGGUGGAUGAGGACGAACAGCCGGGGGAUGAAGACGAACUGCUAGGGGACGAAGACGACGAAGAAGCGGAGGCGCCAGAGUCUGUUGAGCUGGACGCUCCGGCAGAGCGCAGCGGCCACAUUGCUGUCAUUGAUAGAAAUAUCAUGUAUGUGUGGGGCGGAUACAAGAAUGGCCAAAAUCAUGGAUUCGUUGAUUUGUACCUGCCCAAAAAUGAGGUGUGGACUUACAACAUGGAGUCAGGAGUUUGGAUGAAGCAUGUCACCGAAGGGAACCUGCACUCCAUGUCCGGCAGCUGCGGGACGUGUCUGGAUGGGGUCCUCUACCUGUUCGGGGGGCAUCAUGCCAGAGGAAACACAAACAGGAUCUACCGUCUGCCUCUGAGGGCGCCCAGCCUGGUGUGGGAGGAAAUGAGGGACCUGAAAGGACUUCCUCCGUCCUCCAAGGACAAGCUGGGAUGCUGGGUCCACAAGAACAGACUGAUUUUCUUCGGCGGGUACGGCUACACUCCGCAGGGAUCUCACCUAGGGGCUUUCGAGACCGAUGAAACGUCUUCUGUUAUGUGGGAGGGUCCUAAACGAGGCUGGAACAACCACAUCCAUGUCCUGGACCUGGAGACGUCAGCAUGGAGUCAGCCCAUCACUCAGGGCAACACGCCGUCCCCCAGAGCAGCUCACGCCUGUGCCACCGUAGGAAACAGAGGUUACGUGUUCGGAGGGCGGUUCAAGAAUUACAGACUGAAUGAUUUGUACUACAUCAACCUGGAGACGUGGGAGUGGCACGAAAUGGGCGUUCCUCAGAAUCCUGUGGGCCGGUCCUGGCAUUCCUUCACUCCGGUUUCACCAGAUCACAUCUUCCUGUUUGGAGGUUUCACCACACAGAGGGAAACGCUCAGUGACGCGUGGCUUUACUGCAUCAGCAGGAACGAGUGGAGGCCGUUCAAGCACAGCUACACAAAGAGCCCCAGGCUGUGGCACACGGCAUGUUCUGGGCCGGACGGCGAGGUGUUCGUGUUUGGAGGCUGCGCCAACAACCUGCUGUCUCAUGAGAGAGCUGCUCACAGCAACGAGCUGCUAAUUUUUAACAUCCAGCCCAAAUCGUUAGUCGGGUUCUGCAUGGAGGCGAUUCUGCAGCACCGGGAGAAGCUGUCCUCUCACUGGGACUGCCUGCCCAAACACCUGCUGCACAGCCUGAAGCAGAGGAUGUCCCGGGUCAACACGCUGGGCUCCUAGAGCCGGGCAGGACCCACCAGCUCGCUCUGCCCGGACUGCUAACGUGAAUUAAAACAACAAGCAGAAAGAAUCUGUUUUCCAUUUCUGAUGAUGCGCCCAGUUAUUUCCCUGCACAGCCAGGAGAACAUCUGGAAUCUCACCAAAACUUUCAGAAACGGGCCGACCAAUCAGGAUGGCCCUUAGAAUCAACCCGCUUUCUGCCCGGCAACAGCUGGCCUCAGAGGCAGCUGCAGCUGGAAAACAGAUGAUUAAAGGCGAGGAAAGGAAAAAACAAACUGACCAACCUGGUUAAAGUUCAGAUAUGGUUCUGGUUCUGAGGUCAGCUUUUCAUUUGACCAAAAUGGUCUAGAAGAAAUAACUCCACAUGCAGCUGACUAUUAGGGCCAGACUAAGAUUUUUUUUUUUUAAUUACGACGGUAAAGUUAUAAGAUUACCAGAAGAAAGUCAUAAAAUUACUAGAAAAAGAUUGAAAAAGGUUUGUUGUCCAGAUCAGUUUGUGAUUCUAGUUUUCAAUCGUUUCAAAGUUCUGCUACUGAUAAAAGAUGAACUUUUUUCUUUAUUUGUAAAACCGAUAAAGUAUAACUUCACAAGAUGCUCAGUAUUCUUCAUCUUAAUUUAUUUUUUUGUGUUGAAGUUAUAAAAUUGCUAGUUUAUUCCCAUUAUUUUGACUCAUUGGCUUUUUUCUCAUUACUUAAAUCUUGUAACAUUAUGACUUUAUUCUCGUAUGAAUUUCCAUAUAUUUUUCUAAUGUCAACUUUUUGCUCAUAACUUCAAUAUUUUUCUUAUCCUUGCACCAAUACUUGGUUGUACUCCUCUGCAGUCAUAAAGCCAUCAUUUCUUCUGGAUUUUAAACGUCAGAAGGUACAAAUGAAUAUUUUGAAGCUUCCAGAACCCUUUAAAUCCAAACCUGUGAGCUUUUUGGCUUCUGCUGACUCGGAAAGGUCUCCUCUGCUUCCUUCUCAACUCGAACAGGAACUCUAAGAAAACCACUGAAAUGUGUGUACAUCUUUAAGUUAGCUUCAUGCAAAUGUAAAAUAAAAAUCUAGAGGUCUGUUUUUAAA